AGCGACGGCUGCCCGGCCCCGGGCCGCUGGAGGAUCGAGCAGCUGCCGCGAUGGAUCAGCUAUCCGAUGAAGAAAUUGACCAUGGAGCUGAAGAAGACAGUGAUAAGGAAGAUCAGGACCUGGACAAAAUGUUUGGAGCCUGGCUAGGGGAGCUGGACAAACUCACUCAGAGUUUGGAUUCUGAUAAGCCCAUGGAACCCGUAAAAAGAUCUCCUCUUCAUCAGGAAACAAAUAUGGCCAAUUUUUCUUAUCGAUUCUCCAUAUACAACUUGAAUGAAGCUCUGAAUCAGGGAGAAACUGUGGAUCUGGAUGCCCUGAUGGCCGAUCUUUGCUCCAUAGAGCAGGAGCUCAGCAGUAUUGGUGCAGGAAAUAGUAAGCGUCAAAUCACAGAAACAAAAGCCACUCAGAAACUACCUGCUAGCCGACAUACAUCAAAACAUGGCACUUUGAAAGGAUUGUCUUCUUCAUCUAACAGGAUAACGAAACCAUCACAUGCCAACUACUCCCUGGAUGACAUCACUGCACAGUUAGAACAGGCUUCCUUGAGCAUGGAUGAGGCUGCUCGGCAGUCUGUACUAGAAGAUACGAAGCCCUCAGUGACUAAUCAGCACAGAAGAACAGCGUCAGCAGGCACAGUGAGCGACGCCGAAGUGCGCUCCAUUAGCAACUCCUCUCGCUCCAGCAUCACCUCCGCGACCUCCAGCAUGGACUCUUUGGAUAUUGAUAAAGUAACACGCCCUCAAGAACUGAAUUUGACACAUCAGGGGCAGCCAAUUACCGAGGAAGAACAGGCUGCAAAAUUGAAAGCUGAGAAGAUCAGAGUUGCCCUGGAGAAGAUUAAAGAGGCACAAGUGAAAAAGUUGGUGAUUAGAGUCCACAUGUCUGACGAUAGUUCUAAAACAAUGAUGGUGGAUGAGAGGCAGACAGUGAGACAAGUGCUGGAUAACCUAAUGGACAAAUCCCACUGCGGUUAUAGUUUAGACUGGUCGCUGGUAGAAACCAUCUCUGAAUUACAAAUGGAGAGAAUCUUUGAAGACCAUGAGAACUUGGUUGAAAAUCUUGUUAAUUGGACAAGAGACAGCCAGAACAAGCUUAUAUUUAUGGAACGUAUAGAAAAAUAUGCACUUUUCAAGAACCCACAGAAUUAUCUUCUGGGGAAAAAGGAAACUGCUGAGAUGGCAGAUAGAAACAAAGAAGUGCUACUGGAGGAAUGUUUUUGUGGAAGUUCUGUAACUGUGCCAGAAAUUGAAGGAGUCCUGUGGUUGAAAGAUGAUGGCAAAAAAUCCUGGAAAAAGCGUUAUUUUCUCUUGCGAGCAUCUGGUAUCUACUAUGUCCCUAAAGGAAAAGCAAAGGUCUCUCGGGAACUGGUGUGCUUUCUCCAGCUGGAUCAUGUCAACGUUUAUUACGGACAGGAUUACAGGAACAAAUACAAAGCACCUACAGAUCAUUGUCUGGUGCUGAAGCACCCACAGAUCCAGAAGAAAUCUCAGUAUAUCAAGUACCUUUGCUGUGAUGACAUGAGGACCCUGCAUCAGUGGGUCAAUGGUAUCCGCAUUGCAAAGUAUGGGAAACAGCUCUACAUGAACUAUCAAGAAGCCUUGAAGAGGACAGAGUCAGCUUACGAUUGGACUUCCUUAUCCAGCUCCAGCAUUAAAUCAGGAUCCAGUUCUUCGAGCAUCCCAGAGUCUCAGUCAAAUCAUUCUAAUCAGUCUGACAGUGGAGUAUCUGAUACUCAGCCAGCAGGACACGUCCGCUCUCAGAGUAUUGUGAGCUCCAUCUUCUCUGAAGCCUGGAGACGUGGUACUCAGUUGGAAGAGUCCAGCAAGGCCAGAAUGGAGUCUAUGAACCGACCCUACACCUCACUUAUGCCCCCUUUAUCCCCACAGCCCAAGCUGGUUACCCCCUACACUGCCUCACAGCCUUCCCCGCCUCUGCCGCCCCCGCCUCCACCCCCUCCCCCACCCCCACCUCCUCCCCCUCCCCCUCCCCCUCCUCUGCCCAGCCAGUCUGCACCUUCUGCUGGCUCAGCAGCCACCAUGUUCGUCAAGUACAGCACAAUAACCAGGCUGCAGAACGCUUCUCAGCACUCAGGACCCCUGUUCAAGCCUCCACCACCCUCAGUGAUGCAGUCUCUGACAUCCACCUCCCAGUCAGGAAAGCCUCAGAUCCUGGUGCCCCCCAAUGGAGUCGUUCCCCCACCCCCUCCUCCGCCCCCGCCCCCCACCCCGGGCUCAGCCAUGGCGCAGCUCAAACCGGCACCCUGCACCCCAUCCCUCCCGCAGUUCAGCCCUCCACCCCCUCCACUGAAGAUUCAUCACGUUCAGCAUGCCGUCCAAGCGGCCCCUCCGACACCGCCACCACCCUCUCCUGUCCCUGCACCCCACCCUCCCCAGGCGCCCCCCAAGCCCCUUGUGACAAUGCCCCUACCAACCAGCACCAAGAGCGUGCCACCUGUUAUGACACAAGCUGUGCCACCCACGCCCACUCCUCCAGCUCCCCCAGCAAAAAAGCAGCCCGCUUUCCCUGUCUCCCACGUUCCCCCCUCUUCCCCUGCUCCUCCUGCUCCAGUCCCCCCCCCAACAUUGCCUAAGCAGCAGAGCUUCUGUGUAAAGCCACCUCCGUCUCCGCUGUCUCCGGUGCCCUCGGUCGUGAAGCAGAUCGCCAGCCAGUUUCCGCCCCCUCCAGCCCCUCCUCCCGCGGAGCAGCCCUUCAAGCCUCCAUCAGCAAAUGUGGCCCCACAGUCCCCUCCUGCUGUAAAAGCAAAACCCAAGUGGCAGCCCAGCUCUAUCCCUGUCCCCUCUCCGGAUUUCCCCCCUCCUCCACCUGAGAGCAGCCUGGUGUUCCCCCCCCCCCCCCCCCCCCCCCCCCCCCCCCCCCCCCCCCCGCCCCCGCCCCCACCCCCACCAGCCCCUGCUCCAGCCCCGGCCCCGCUGCCUCUGACAGCUACACCCCCAGCUUCUGCCUCUGACAAAAGUGGAUCUCCAGGGAAAAAGACCAGUAAGACAUCCAGCCCUGGGGCCAAGAAACCUCCCCCGACCCCACAGCGAAACUCCAGCAUUAAGUCCAGCGGUUGCGCAGAGCACCCUGAGCCCAAGAGACCCUCGGUAGACAGUCUAGUGAGCAAGUUUGCAUCGCCAGCAGAACCCUCAGGGUCUCCCGGCAAAGAGACCCAGUCGCCUCCGGCAGCGCCCCCCAAACCCGGAAAACUAAAUCUUUCUGGAGUGAACCUUCCCGGAAUUCUCCAAGGGUGUGCGUCGACAAAAGCAUCUGUCCUGAGUGCGCGUGGAAAGGACUCUGUGGUAGAAUUUCCUUCUCCUCCAUCCGAUUCUGACUUUCCCCCCCCUCCGCCGGAAAUAGAGCUGCCUCUGCCCCCCAUAGAGAUUCCAGCUGUAUUCUCGGGAAACACCUCUCCAAAAGUGGCCGUCGUCAAUCCUCAACCACAGCCGUGGUCCAAAACAUCGGCGAAGAAAGCCCCUCCACCCACACGACCCAAACGGAACGACAGCACCCGCCUCACUCAAGCAGAGAUCUCUGAGCAGCCGGCAAUGGCCACCGUUGUGCCACAAGUGCCCACCUCCCCCAAGUCCAGCCUUAGUGUCCAGCCUGGAUUCCUCGCUGACCUCAACAGGACACUGCAACGGAAGUCCAUCACCCGGCAUGGCUCGCUCUCCUCCUCCCGCAUGUCCAGAGCAGAACCCACGGCCACCAUGGAUGAUAUGGCAUUGCCGCCGCCCCCCCCGGAACUGCUUUCUGAUCCACAGAAGGCCGGUUUCGGAGGUAGUCAUAUAUCGGGCUAUGCAACGCUGCGGAGAGGACCCCCUCCCGCCCCCCCCAAAAGAGACCAGAACACCAAGCUCUCAAGAGACUGGUAGUGGCUACCGUUGGACUUUAUUUUCAUGGUAUCUGUAACCAGUUCUGCAAUCAGCUCACCUGAUCACCUGUGAUUCUGGUGUUCGGAGCCUCCUAGUAUGAUGAUGUGGUUAUUCAGGUAGAACCCAGCUGUGUGUGUGUGCGUGUGCGUGGACACACAUAGCUCUGCAUAUAUAGGUAGUGUGUGUAUGUAUAUGUAUGUAUAUGUACACAUAUAUGUAUGUGUAUAUGUAUAUAUAUAGCUCAGAGUGAGUCUAUUUAUUCCUUUUCUCUCCUAAUCUGAAAAUGGGUUGUGUAUUUUGGGUGGAAGAGACAUGGAAGGGGAUGUGUGUCCUGUCCCUGAACGAUUUCUGUUAUGUAUCAUGUGGAUUGGACCAAAAACUCCCAGUGACUGACUUAGAAGGCAUUUGUAAGUGUCCAUGUGCAGCCUCUCUGUGCAUGUCGUGUGUUAUAUAUUAAGGAUUAGGUGUAUUACGUGCUGUUUCUCAGUUGGAGAAGACAACAGAACGUUCGGUGUAUCGAUGGGGCUUUUGUGUCCGUUUCUCCCCAGUCGGCUGAAGUUCGAACUGCUUCGCUGACACUUGCUCACUGACACGCGAUGGGCACUUUAAGUCGGGAAGCGGCCAGCAGCCUGCGGGGGUCCCUGGCGCGCGGGCAGUUUGCACAGCUGCCGCGUCCGUCCGCGCUCGCGCACGGGGAGUCAACACGUGUGUGACCGAACCGUUCUAGUUGCAGUAGUGCCGCCCUGAUCCCACCUGUGUCUGGGAUGUGUUCUGUCACAGGUAAGCUCUUUGUCUGCAACACAUGGAUAAUUUAGUACUGUAAUCCCGGGUAGUUCUUUUUAUACUGUUGGACUCUGUUUCCUGAGCUUUGCGAAGCCUCGAGUUUGGCUUCGUGAUCCUUUGGUUUUGCUUUGUGGUUCGAGAGUAUCUGAUGCAAUACCCUUGGAAUG